GCAGGCCGCUAACGGGAUAAGAAGGAUGAGCAAAUCAAAGGCACAGUACACGGAGCCAACCACCACGGUUGUGCAAAUCGAAACAAGCACUGCGCUCAAGAUCAUCAAGCACGCGUCUGAAAGAUUCCCACGUUCUGCCAGUGGACCGCUGUUAGGGUUCGACGUCCAUGAAGAUGUUUUGAAAGUCACGCAGUCGCACCGUUUCCCGUACUCUUCAGACGACGAAUCACCAUAUAGACACAAGGAGAACGGCAGAUACCAAGAGGAGCUUUUGGAGCAGUUGAAAGUGACUGACGGGACCAUACAGCUCUUGGGAUGGUACCAAUCCUCUGUGAGUGGUAAGGCCUUCUCAGAGAGCCUUGUUGACUCCAUGGCUUAUGGCCAAUUGAGACAGAGUGCCAACUCUGUGGUGAUCACUGUGGAUCCAAGUAAAGCACAGUAUGGCGUUUUGUCCCUCAGAGCCUUCAGAUUGACGAAACCGUUCCUCGAGACCUUCAUCGCCAACGACUACUCCGUGGAGCAGCUGAACAAGGUUGAGCUGUCGUUCGACAAAGUGUUUGAAGAGUUGCCUGUUCAAUUGCACAACAACUACCUGACUUCGCUGUUGUUGGCCGCUAACGAUGAGGACUUCUACCACAGCACACAGGCCUUGGAGGCCUCGUCCCUCAAAUCAAAGGCCCUCGGGACAAACGUUGAGACCUUGAUUGACUCCGUUGAUGACUUGAACCAUCUCUAUAACCAAUUGAACAGAAAGAAGAGCACUAACCAGGAGGUUAGCCUGCGUGAAUGGUUACCACUCUGUGAAAAGAUCAACUUCACUGCAAAGGACGUUGAACAGCAAGUUGUUUCCGACUUCCUCACCGACAGUGUAAUCAGACAAUGAAGAGCUACUCUUUACAAUCAAAUAAUAACAAGCAAUAUCACCAGAGCGAGCCAUACAACGCCAUAGGAAAGAUAUAUGUAGAAUUGCGCUGUAUAUAUACGUCUAGCCUGGAAAAC